GCUCUUUUUCGGCGUGUAGUGCUGCGUGGAGAAUUUUUGUUGCAAAAAGAAUUGUUUUCUCGCAACAAAUAACAAUAAAAUAAAAAAUGCGUCCGUUGAUGCUCCAGGGCCACGAGCGUUCCAUAACGCAAAUCAAAUACAACCGGGAGGGUGACCUACUCUUCUCGUGCUCCAAGGAUCAGAAGCCCAAUGUGUGGUACUCGCUGAACGGCGAGCGCUUGGGCACGUACGAUGGUCACCAGGGUGCGGUGUGGUGUCUGGAUGUAGACUGGGAGAGCCGAAAGCUGAUCACCGGUGCCGGUGACAUGACUACCAAGAUCUGGGACGUCGAGUAUGGCACAAUCAUUGCCUCUAUCCCCACCAAGUCGUCAGUGCGUACAAGCAACUUCAGCUUCUCGGGCAAUCAGGCCGCCUACUCCACGGACAAGGCUAUGGGACAGAGCUGCGAGCUGUUCAUCAUCGAUGUACGCAACGCCGACUCCACGCUAGCCGACCAGACACCCACGCUGCGCAUCCCAAUGACAGAGUCCAAGAUCACCUCAAUGCUGUGGGGUCCACUCGAUGAGACAAUCAUCACUGGGCACGACAACGGUAACAUUGCCAUCUGGGACAUCCGCAAGGGUCAAAAGGUGGUCGACUCUGGCAGCGAUCACACCGCCGGCAUCAACGACAUGCAGCUGAGCAAGGACGGUACCAUGUUCGUCACCGCCUCGAAGGAUACCACCGCCAAGCUGUUCGACUCCGAGUCCCUGAUGUGCCUGAAGGCCUACAAAACUGAGCGUCCCGUAAACUCGGCGGCCAUCAGCCCCAUCCUGGAUCAUGUCGUGCUGGGCGGCGGUCAGGAUGCCAUGGAGGUGACCACCACGUCCACCAAGGCCGGCAAGUUUGACUCGCGCUUCUUCCACCUGAUUUACGAGGAGGAGUUUGCUCGCCUUAAGGGCCAUUUUGGACCCAUCAACAGUUUGGCCUUCCAUCCGGACGGCAAGAGUUACGCCUCGGGCGGAGAAGACGGUUUCGUGCGUGUCCAAACCUUUGAUAGUACAUACUUCGAGAACAUCUUCGAGUAGUCCACGACGUCCGGUAGUCUGUUGUAGAGUGAUCAGAGCCGGUGGACUGGACAGCAACCGAUCCCUUUCACUGGCGCUAUGUUCGUUUGCUUAGGGAACUUUCAAAUAUACGCGAGAACGAAACGAAUCUA